GCUCUGACGUCACCGUGGUGGAAGCGGAGGGGGAGGGGAGGCGCGGAGGUUGCUGGGAGCCAAGAUGGCGGCGCUGGGACGGCUCGGGGCCGCGCUCAGGAACCUCUGGGCCAAGGAGCCGGUGAUCACCGUGAGCAUCGGCAUCGCUGCCCUGGCUGUGGUGUCCCCGUUCAUCAGCCCCUACACCAAGUACUCGGCCAUGAUCAACCAAGCCACGCCGUACUCGUACCCGGUGCCGCUGCGGGAUGAUGGGAACCUGCCGGAUGUCCCCUCCCACCCCUGUGACCCCGAAGGGCCCAACCUCGAGUGGCUCAAGAGGCUCUGAAGGGGACCCCAAUAUGGGGGGAGAGGCCCCAUUGUAAAGG